AUGUCUUUGGAAUAUGCUCGCGUUGGGACUAUUGAGGAUAUAACAUCAAUUGGUUCAACUACUAGCUUUCUUCAGGCUACAGCAGCUGAGGUUCGUUCAACAAGAGUCAAUUGGCAGUCCUAUCUCCAGGGACAAAUUAUAAAUGAAGAGCAAUACUCUUUUAUUAAUCGAUUGGAUAACGCCCCUACAGCGGAAGCUCGAAAUCAUGUCAUCAGAGCCGAUGAGCAAAUGACGGCAAGAGUUUUCACUUUUAUUCUAAAUAAAAUAUCCAAAGAACAAACUCUGCGUUAUAUCCUUACGCUUAUUGAUGAUAUACUUCAGGAAGACAAAUUACGGGUGGAGAUAUUCCGUGAUUACUUUGCUAAAACGAAGGAAUCACUAUGGUCUCACUUCUUUGGUUUCUUUCAAAGAGGUGAUCCUUUCUGCAUGCACCAGGCCUCUAGAAUAAUAGCAAAGUUCGCAUGUUGGUCCUCCCAACUAAUGGAGGAAAACGACCUGAUUUAUUACUUGAAUUGGCUAAGAGAGCAGCUAACUAUCAGUAACAAUGAAUAUGAUCAAACUGUUGCUCGAAAUCUUCAAAUGAUGUUGCGCAUUAAGGAGUAUCGUAUCCAGUUCGCUAAAGUUGGUGGAGUUGAAACGAUUGUCGAUGUCCUUCAGGAAAAGACAACCAGUCGACAGCUGCAAUACCAGUUGAUUUUCUGUCUAUGGUGUAUGAGUUUUGACUCAUAUCAUGUCACUGAGAUAUGCAAAAACUCUGCACUCCUGGCCACUGUAGCUGGGAUUUUUCUUGAAGCAGAUCGUGAGAAAAUUACCAGAAUUUCACUAGCUCUAUUUCGUAGUGUCUUAGAAAAGCUGCCGACAAGCACUGAACAAAGAGAAUGUGGUUUACGCUUAGUUCAGUAUAAAGUAUUACGAGAGUUAGAAUUACUCGGUCAAAAAGAUUUUAGUCAUGAUCCUGAAUUGACAGAUGAUAUUGCAUUUCUAAAUGAAAAGUUAUCUGCAAGUAUACAAGAUGUAAGCAGUUUAGAUGAAUAUAUGGCUGAAUUGAAAUCUGGUCGGUUAGAAUGGUCACCAGUGCAUAAAUCCGAAAAGUUUUGGUAUGAAAAUGCUGUGAAAUUCACCGAUAACAAUUAUGAAAUGUUAAAGAUGAUAGUGAAAUUAGUUGAACUUAAUGUUGACCCAUUGACAUUAUCUGUUGCUGUUCAUGAUAUCGGUGAAUUCGUGAGACAUUAUCCACGUGGUAAACAAAUAAUAGAAACUCUAGGAGGUAAACACCUGGUAAUGGCUUUACUACAACACGAAGAUCCAAAUGUACGUUAUAAUGCAUUGGUCUCAUUGCAGAAGAUAAUGGUUCAUAAUUGGGAAUACCUUGGGAAACAAUUGGAUUCAGCUCAAAGUACCGAAGUGAAGUCGACAGGAAUAAGAGUAAAAUAA